GAGGCAGGGAGGAAGGGAGGGGGCCGCUCUGAUCGCUGGGGGCGGCGCGCCGCCACCUCUGCACCCUCCUAACGAGCCCUUGUCUCUGUAUUUUUUUUCCCUCUUCUUCCCGUUUUUGUGUCCCAAGCAGCGUAGCGAGGGGCCAUGGAGCGCGUGUUUACGCCGCUGGACUGCCUCCUGCCCGCGGGAAACCUGAAGUUUUGCCUUCUUAUUCUGAACCAGCCUUUCAACAAAGGUCAUUUUCAUUGUCUGUGGAGCAAAGCUACUCUGAGAGCUUGUGCUGAUGGAGGUGCUAAUCGUCUCUAUCACAUCACAGAAGGAAGCUGGGACAGCUUCUUGCCUGAUUACAUCAGUGGUGAUUUUGAUUCCAUUAAGCCUGAAGUCGAGGAGUACUACAAGGUCAAGGGAUGUGAGUUCAUAGAGACCAUGGAUCAGGACCUCACAGACUUCACCAAGUGCCUUCAGAUACUUCAAAAAAAGAUAGAAAAGAACAGUCUCCAGAUCGAUGCAAUUGUGGCUUUGGGUGGACUUGGAGGACGUUUUGACCAAAUAAUGGCAUCAGUGGAAACUCUUUUUCACGCGACAAGUAUCACUCCGUUUCCAGUGAUAGUUAUUCAGGAAUGCUCCCUGAUUUACCUGCUUCAACCUGGCAAGCACAAGCUGCGCGUGGACACGGGCCUGGAAGGCGAGUGGUGUGGCCUCAUUCCCGUUGGGAACGCCUGUGACAGUGUGACCACUACAGGCCUCAAGUGGAACCUUACUAACCACAUGCUGAAGUUUGGAACACUCGUCAGUACUUCAAAUACCUAUGACAACUCUGGGAUUGUAACCAUUGAGACAGACAAGCCUUUGCUGUGGACAAUGGCUAUCAAAGAAUAAGAUGAGCUACCGUUGCCUUUAUCUGACAGAACUCAAAAUACUGAGAAAUUGCACUGGAAGAAGAUAGCAGAACUUCCUUGUUCCUAAGGAAAUAAUCAUGCACUGAUUUUAUGUAGUGAAUGGAAAACAAGUCUGAAAUAAAAAUCAGUUGAGAUCAAAUCAA